AUGGGUGUUGAAGCCAGAGGAGUUAUAUUGCAAUUAUCAUCAGUAGUUGUAAUAUUGGUUUUAUUGAUCAUUCAAGCCCAAGCAAAUCAGAAUUGGUAUGGCAAAACAGUGCCAUAUAAACCUGCAGAUGAGAAGGUAACAAAGCUACACUUUUAUUUCCAAGACAUUAACGAUCUUUUGGUGGCUAGAAACCCGGCAGCGGAUAAAUUCUCAACCUUGUUUACCUCACUGUAUAUUGUGGAUAACCCAUUGACUGAAGGACCUGAACUGAAUUCGACAAUUGUCGGUCGAGUUCAGGGUCUGAUUGGGUUUGCAGCACAGAAGGAAACGGCUUCACUCAUGGGGCUUAGUUAUCUUUUCACAGAUGGCAAAUUCAAUGGCAGUACUCUCAUUAUUGUCACCAGGAAUCCUAUACUGAUACCCGACCGAGAAUUCCCUAUCGUCGGUGGAACUGGAUUGUUCCGGUUGGCUCGUGGAUUUGCAAAUGUUAAGACUGUCCUGUUAGAUCCUGUUGCUGGAAUUGCUACUAUCGAGUAUAAUGUAACUGUCAUUCACUAUUAA